AUGUCUAAUAAUUAUCAACAGUCCGCUCAACUUUCUCGUCCUCCUCAACUUUAUAGUCCUCCUAGUACUGUUCCUUCUUUAGCUUUACCCGUUUCAACAGAUCACUCACCGAUUUCCCUUUCUUCUUACCCUACUACCAAUACCAAUACAGCUUCUAAUAGAAGUUUUCAAGGUCGUAAGAUCCCACAACUUGAUACUACAGCUUUAACUUUAGAUCGAGUAGUAGAACAACAUCAUUUUUUACAAUCAAAUUUAAAUUCUUCUUCUUCCUCAAUAUCUAAUUACUUUAAUAAUCAAACUCUUAGUCCAAAUUAUUUAAUAUUUCCUAAUACUCCUAAUACAUCUGCUAGUACGCCUUGUACUCCAGUACUGGGAAGUCAUCAACAAUCAAUCAUUGAACGAACAUCACUUACGGAAAUUAUCAUUUUUACCCAAAAUCAAUAUAAUCUUUUAAAACUUUUAUGUUCUGAUCGACCAUCAUCAAUUAAUAAUUUAGAAUAUUGGGAAAAUAUGUUAUUAAACGAGAAAUUUCCUUCUACGAAUUCUGGGCAAGACGCUUAUGAUGUUGAAAUGGCAACUGUUAGCUUGGCUAUUGAAUUUGCAACAAAUAAUGACAAAACUGCAAAUUUCAAUACAUUACUUCUUCAUGCAUUGAGUCAAAUGAAUCAAGUAUUAGAUCCAGAAUUUACAGGGGAAAUUCCUGAAGCAGCUUAUAAUUCAUUAUUUCUUGUAAGAAUUUUUUCAAAACAUUUUAUUGGAAAUAUGACUCAUGAUGAAAUUCAUAGACAAUUUGAAGGUCCUAUAACAAGUAUUUUGGGUAGUUCUCCAAAUGGAAAUAAUGAGAAUAAAACAAGAUCUUUGUCAUUGUCAUCUUCUUCAUCUUCAUCAGGGGAAGAACGUAAAGAACAUAAAGAACAUGAAGAACCUAAAGAAUCUGAGGAACCUAAAGAACCUGAAGAACCUAAAGGAGGAGUUUAUAAACUUAACCCAGAUAAACUUGUAAUAGAUCCGAAAGUAAUUCUUGAUUCUCGACCUAAAGCAAUACAAUUAUUAGAUGGGUUGUUAAAUAUUAUAUUAAAAAUUGAUCCAAUGUAUGAAUGUUUAAAUACCAUCUUGGUAUUAUUCUCUACUCAAAUACAUCAACCUUCUUCUAAUAAAAUUGGGAAUGAUUACUUCUUGAAUAUAUUUUUAAAUCAAUUUAGUCAUCUAAAUAAUAAAUUAACUUUACAAUUAAUGACAAAUUUUGUUGAACAAAGACCUCCACCAUCUUCAUCAUCAACGGAAAGGAGUUUGCUCAUAUUACUUUUACUUGCAGCUCAAUGGAAAAUUCCUGGUCAGAAAUAUAAUAAAUUUCGGGAAGGAAUUAAAUCUUUAAAAGAUUCGCAAGCAUCAGAAGAUUUUGAAAUGGCAAUAUCAUUUCGUUCUUUAUAUCAAUUAAUAUGCCGUCAGUUACCAAAUGAAGAAAUUUGUUUAAUGUUAUAUUUAUUAAUGGUUGAAAAUGAGGAUUUCAGAGUUUAUAUAUUAUCAAGAUUAGAUCCUGAAAUUCUGACAAUAAAUUAUCAACCCUGGUUUACAGAACGUUUAUUAAGAUCAAUAUCUUUAGGUGGACUCACUUAUCUGGUUUUAAUACGUAUUAUACAAUUUAAUCUUAGUUCACAUCGGGUAACCACUUUGGCAAAUUUAGGAAAUAGUAUUCAAGAUAUUCAUCCAUAUGUGGCGCAACGACUCGUAAAUCUAUUUAAUAUUGUAGCAAAACGAUAUCAAAAAUUGGUGAAAAAAGAGCAGAAUGAAGAGGACGAAGUAAAGAGUGAUGAUGUCGCUAUAUACGCUGAUCUUGUUUGUCUGGUAAUUUCAGAAUCAAAUUUAAAAUCUCCAUCAGCCGAAGAGGUAACAGAAUUAAUAGAAACUGCAGCGAGAACAUGGCCGCCUGAAGAAUCAGAUUCACAAGAAUUUUUCUGUCCUUAUGUAUGGGCACUUUUAUAUCGUCAUACUUGGAUUUAUUGGGAUGAAGAUAAAGUACGCAUUCUUCAUAAUUAUAUAAUGUAUGAAGAAAUAGAGGCAAAUGAAAUGGAGUAA